AUGAGCCAUAGGAUGGAGCACAGGUCCGCGUUAGCGCGUAGAGUAACUCAAGCCGAGCAUCCUCCAAACAAACUUGCCCGUUCAGGAUCCAAUAACAACACCGACACAAGGAGGGGAGAGCACUUCAACGCACGCCGGGACAUGCAAGUGGCCGGCCCGUUUCCCGCAAAUGCGGCGAAGAUGAACGAGAAAGAACUGCUUGGUGGUUUAAACGACCGCUUCGCCCGCUUCAUUGACAAGGUGCGUUACCUGGAGCAACACAAUCACCUGCUGGAGACGGAGAUCGAGAAAGCCAGGGGGGACGUGGCGUCCCCGUCUUUCUUGGAGCAGAAGUAUGGACCGGAGUUGGAGGAACUGAGGAAACUAGUCCACCACAUGACCCGCCAGAAGGCUCAGGUUGAAAUAGACCACCGAAAUCUGCAGGGCGAGUUGGCCGACUUGAGGGAGAAAACCGAAACGGAGGUACGCAGCCGAUCGGACGCCGAGAGACACGUCGCCGCGUUGAAAAGGGAAAUCGGCGACGCGUAUCGCGCCAAACUUCAACUGGACGAGAAAGCGCAGUCUCUCGUGGACGAAAUCCGCUUUCUCAAGGAAAACCACGAAGCUGAGGUGUCAGGCACGAGAGCCCAGAUCCAAGAAUCGCGGGCAGUUGCUCAGGCGGACCAGGGACCCGGCGUACCUGAACUCACUGCGGCACUCCGGGAUAUCAGGACCCAGCUGGAAGGUCACGCCGUGUGUGACCUCCAACAGGCAGGACAAACGUUGAGAUCCCAGUUUGCAAAACUGACGGAGGCAGCCGAGGUCAAGAGAGAGGCGCUGAAAGCAGCCCAGCAGGAGAUUCAAGGGUAUAAGAAGCUCAUGCAGACCAAAAGCAUUGAACUGGACUGUGCUAAGGGCACGAAGGAGGCACUGGAAAGACAAGCUAAUGAAGCCGAGGAUCGCCACAAUGAAGAAACGAUUCAUUACCAGGACACAAUCAAGCAGCUGGAAAAUGAGCUCAUUAAUUCCAAAUUUGACAUGUCCGGUCAUCUGAGGGAGUACCAGGACCUGCUUAAUGUAAAGAUGGCUUUGGAUGUGGAGAUAUAUUCGUACAGGAAACUCCUAGAAGGUGAAGAGACUCGCCAAUCCACCAUCUCAGACACACAUAUCUCUGUGCCUUACAUCUACCGUCAGUCUCCUGUCUACAGCCUCCCAUGCCUCAGUCAGCAGGGCAGACCUAGUGGGAGAGCAGAGCCCUGCUACAAGUUUGUAGAGGAGAUCAUAACAGAGACCACCAGGGAAAUUGAGAUGUCAGAGUUUGAGGAGACAGACGGAGGAGAAGGCGGGAAGGAGUGCAUCGAAGCUGAGGGAGGGAGUGGCAAAGCAGAGGAGGGCACAGCUGACAAAGACAGUGGAAAGGAAAAGGGUGAGCAGAUGUCUGACAGUCAGCAGAAUCAAAUAGAACUGGUGGAAAAAGCAGAUAGUAGAGUCAAUGCUGCAGAAGGAGAAGGUCCUGGUGAAGAGGGCGAGAAAGCUAAAGAGGAACCCGAGGGGCCAGAAACAGUUGCCAACGAAGAGAACAUCAACUCAGACAAAAUGACUCAUAGUGAAGUUGAGUUAACUGAAAUGAUUGGUGAGGGAGGGAAUGAGGCACAUGACGAGGGCAAAAAGAGCAUGAAAGAAAGAAGAGACAGUCCAGCAAGGUUGGGAACAGUUCAGAAUGAUGCCUCUUCAAAAGUGCAGGAUUCAGACUCAGAAGUCCCCGAUGAAGGUGAACUGCUCCUAGACCUUCAAAAGCCAACCUCUAAGGAUGACGGAAAAUACGAUGCAUUGGAAAACAGUGAGAUGGGUGAUGUGAAAGAUAGUAUCAUCAUCACACAAGUGAAGAAACUGAAGAAUGAAACCCCUGCCCAACAGCCCACAGACUCUGAUAAAGCUCAAGAGCCAAGCUGUGUUGCUCAUGAGCUCGAGAAUGCUUCCUCUUUGGUUUACAAAACGGUUGGUGAAACCAAUGUCUUGACACCAGAGCUACAGAGUAGUCUGCCCAAGGAGUGGGUUGAACCAGAAAAACCAGUAGAAAAGAAGGGUCAGGAAAAUUUGACCUUAGCACCUGUGAGUGAGGCAAAGCAGAAUUACACAGAGCCAAAGGCAGAUGGAAAAUUGGCAAAUAGCACUGAGGAUGAACUGCCAAAUAGCAGUCAAAAUCAUACACACGUUGACCCUCAAGAAAAAGAUAAAGCGUUAGCUCUCAAGUCUACUAGCAAUGACCUUUCUCAAGUAGAUGAAAAGCCAAACAGUGAAGGUAAAACCCAAACAGUAGAAUCACCAAUGCCUGAAAAACAGAUAGCUGUACCUGGAGAAAACAAGAGCCUGAAACAGGAGGUGUCCAGUAAAAGCCACAUUCAAACAUCAGCGAUGUCCACGGGGCCAGGGAAAAUAAAUAACUCUGAAGGCAGAUCUAACGUGGAAGAGGUGAAAAGCAAGGAUUCAGGAGAAACCACUGAAAACCAGACAGUGAGAACGUCUCAAGGGGCAGAGGAAGCUGAAACGAAGACAUCACCGAAUACACAGGAAAUUUCAACCCUGGGCCUGAAAAAAGCAAGUACAGUUAAUGGGCAGCUCUCACAGGAAGUACAGGUCAAAGCAGAAAAUGGCUCAACCAAUGGAACAAUGGAGGUUAAAGAUGGCGAAGCUAAGCCAAUAAAGGUAGAAGCACAAACAUGA